AGUUGCAAUGUGGGUUUCAAGUUAGACGGCGGUGAGUGCAAGCUGCUGAUCUGCGACGCUGGCAAACACUUGGAUACUAGUAGUAGUCCCAACACGUGCGUCGAUAAUGUUUGCUCCUGCCUGAACGGGGUUGCGAAGGCGGGGACUGAUUGCCCGAUGCACGGCGCACACGACUGCGCGUCCUGCAGUAGCGGCUACGGCUUAGCGAGUGGCAAGUGCGAACUAGUGUGCCCAACUGGACAGCACUUGAAUGACGCCGGCACCGCCUGCGAAGACAACAGCUGCAGCUGUGAUUUCGGAUCCGCAGCGACGGGAGCAGCGUGCACAAGCAACAGUGCCAACAUUUGUAGUUCCUGCGAUUCCGGGUACCACGCAAACGGGAACAGUUGCGCGCCGGACAUCUGUACCUGCACCAACGGCGUGGGGGCGACGCUGACUGCGUGCGCUGGCCACGAGCAGGCGGACUGCGCAGCCUGCGUUUUUGGCUUUCACUUGGAGGUCGACGGCUCGGGUGUCGGGGAGUGUAAACAGAACGUAUGCAAUUGCGAAAAUGGUGGCGGUGCUGGUGGUGGCACCACGGGAACACUCUGCGCAGUGCAUGACACGAACAGCUGCUCGGGCACCUGUAUCAAAUGUAAAAAUGUCUGGGUCUGGAUCUGGAAGAAUGCAACUUGUCAUGCUUUCUGCAUAGUGGAAAAGUCUGAGUCUGUGUUGCGUGAUUACUGAUUAGCAAAAGCUGUCCACUUUUGACCAAGCUGGGAAGGAGUUUCUCAUGCAGACGAGGCAUGAUAGAGGUCGGAGAGAAUCUGUCAUGCUGGGUCAUGUAUGACAGACCUCACGCGUCAUGGAAAACCCGCAUGACAAGUCAUCCAAUCUUCCAGACCCAGACAUUUUUGCAUUUGAUAACCUGCGACGACGGUUACCACCUGGGCGGUUCGAAGGGAGACACCUGUUUGCUGAACGUCUGCACCUGUGAAAGCGGUGUGGGCAAGACGGGCAGCGACUGCGCUUCCCACGGCGACGCAAAAUGCGAAAGCUGCAGCGCGGGCUAUGACUUGAGUGGCGACGUGUGCGCUUUGAAAACGUGCAAUUGCCCGACGGGGACUCCCGCAACGGGGACCACUUGUCCGAACGACGGAGACGACCACUGCAUCGCACCGUGCAAUUUCGGACAUCACUUGGAUGGCACCGAGUGCAAAGAAAAUGUGUGCACGUGCCACAACGGCGUUUCGCACGGUACUAUCAAUGGCAAACAUGGCGGGUCUGGGCCUGGAUCUUUGCUCGUGCAUUUGAUUACUUAUACAGGGCUAGGCUCCUGCUCAUGGUCAUGCCUGACCGCUAUCUGUAGCUUCCAAGAUAAUUUGUCUUGCAUGGCACCACGGCGCCCCAUGAGCCUCAAUAUACAAGUGUUUGUCAUGCGAAAAUAACAACGCGAUGAUUCCUGAGCGAUACGCAACAAUCUUCAGUGUACGGCGGUUCAUCGUCGGGACGUCGUGUUGCUUAAGUAUCUUGUAUGAUCCAGAUUCACAAACUUGGAUAGGUCGCACAACAGAUGAACUUUAUUCCAGACCUCCUAGGUCACAAUGUUUGCAGGUGAUACGUGCCACCGGAACGAGUUGCGCGGUCCACGACACGAACGGCUGCUCCGCCUGCGACGCUGGUUACCAUUUAAACGGAGAUACGUGCGUGGCGAACAUUUGCACGUGCACGAACGGCGUCGGGGCAACGCUGACCGAGUGCACGACCCACGACACCGCAAAGUGCAAGACGUGCGACAGCAGGUACGAGUUGGAUUCGAAUGGUGCCUGUCAAGCAGCUACCCCUGUGUGCGUUUGCGACCACGGGACUGUAGGGAGCACCUGCACGGUGCACGGGUCCACUUUGUGUGCGAGUUGCAAUGUGGGUUUCAAGUUAGACGGCGGUGAGUGCAAGCUGCUGAUCUGCGACGCUGGCAAACACUUGGAUACUAGUAGUAGUCCCAACACGUGCGUCGAUAAUGUUUGCUCCUGCCUGAACGGGGUUGCGAAGGCGGGGACUGAUUGCCCGAUGCACGGCGCACACGACUGCGCGUCCUGCAGUAGCGGCUACGGCUUAGCGAGUGGCAAGUGCGAACUAGUGUGCCCAACUGGACAGCACUUGAAUGACGCCGGCACCGCCUGCGAAGACAACAGCUGCAGCUGUGAUUUCGGAUCCGCAGCGACGGGAGCAGCGUGCACAAGCAACAGUGCCAACAUUUGUAGUUCCUGCGAUUCCGGGUACCACGCAAACGGGAACAGUUGC